UUUUUGAGGCUGUCAAUUUGUGUUUUAGAAAAAAAUGUUUUGUUGCUCGAAUCGAAUCUUAUUUUGUAUCAUGCCGGAAAAUAACUAAAAUAAGUCAUCAACAGUUCACAAAACAAUUAAAAUUCUGAUCAUGAAGCCUGAAGAAGAAUCUGCCGUGGAGGACGAAGUUGCUCCAGCUGGGGACGUAAUUGGUGACACCGCUUACAGUGAGCGCUUUGUUUUGAAAAUAUUGCUGAAACUGGCCAAUUUGGAUUCCCUAAAAGACGAAUUUCGGGAGAAGCCCUUUGAAGAAGACUUAUGCUUGCUGUGGGACAUGACUGCCGAGCGUGACGUGGUCCUCUUUCUGUUAAAACACGACGUGUUAAAUCUCUUCAACUUCGCUUUGCCCAUCAUUGAUUCUCCACGGAUCAUCGAAAUUAUGUUGGGCAUCGUUGGAAAUAUGUGCUGCCAUAAAGAAACAACUAGUACGCUUCUAACAAUGGACUCGUUUAUCAAGAACCUACUGGAGUAUGUCAAGACCGACGAUAGUCUAAUACUUGUGCAGUUGCUACGUCUGAUUAAUUCAGCACUAUUCCUGGCGGAGGAUGAAGAUUUAGUCAUUUGGAUGGGGUUUUUCGAAUCUAUAGCAUAUUCUGAAGCACUCUAUUUCAUGUUAAAGAAUUCCUCCAAUAAGGAAUUACUAAUCACAGCUUUAGAGAACUUCAACACUGUUUGCACAUACCUAAACGCUGAAAAAACUAGGACUAGAUUUUUUACACAUUUCGUAAAUAAAGAUGCACUGGAAGCUUUGACAACUGCCUGCACUGAAGUUAUAGAUAACCAAAAAACAUUGUGCGAAAGAGACGAGCUAGAGAGAGUAUCUGUAGUAAGUAUGCAGGUAACUCUGGUUCUGAUAGGUUUCGACAAAUCCCUAGAAUUAUACAAUGAAAACAAAGAAUGUUUAGCGACCAUGAUCAACCACAUUCUUCUUUACUAUGAAGAUAAGUUCCUGAACCAGAAGGAAAUGGAUACAGAUUUGGUUGAUAUAAUUGAUUCUACUAACACAAUAGUUAACACUGUACAGCUCAAUGAGAUUUGUGAGCCGAGCACAUUUUUUAUACCUAGUUAUUGUAUGUGGACUGCUAUUUGCACUUUAAAGGAUCAUCAAAAUGGUGGAGGUGAUUUUGAAGAGGAUCAUGCUGACAGAGAUGAAUUUCUGAAGAAGAUUAAAGCACCACUAAGUAACUUGCUUUGUGGGUACAUGUUGCAUUGCUCAGAGAGUAACUUGAACACUGUUUUAGAUGCUACUAAAGAGGACUAUGAAAACAUUCUAGGUGGUUUAGAAGAUAAGGAACUGCUAUCAAAUGUUUCUAAAAGGACAGCCAGCUACAGAACUAGGUUAAAAGAGCAUGUAGAUGUGUAAUAAAUAUUUUUAAAUUG